UUAUUAUUACUAUUCUUAUUUUUAGCGACAGCUCUCAAACCUACUUUGGGGUCUUAAAACGAAACCGUACACCAUUUCACUGUGGACAUUACACCCUCUUACAGAUAUGGGAGACAUGGGAGACCCACCAAAAAAAAAACGUCUGAUUUCCCUAUGUGUCGGUUGCGGCAAUCAAAUUCACGAUCAGUAUAUUCUGAGGGUUUCUCCGGAUUUGGAAUGGCAUGCGGCGUGUUUGAAGUGUGCAGAGUGUAAUCAGUAUUUGGACGAGACCUGUACGUGCUUUGUUAGGGAUGGCAAAACCUACUGUAAAAGAGAUUAUAUCAGCAAGGACUUCUCAGAGAAGCACCCGGUGGGAGACGAGAGAGUGUGCAGUUCGACACCUGAGUGGGAGCAUUUUCUUACGUUUAUCUACUGGUGGUUGAACGGUCGUCUGCUCCUCCAUGGGAGGCGAGAAUCCUGCCACCCACUCCAGAAAGUCAUAAUUUGCUUUGUGGGCUGUCAGCGAGAGAUUGCCCUCCCAUUCCUACCGGAGUGCUUGAGCCCCGGCUCAAGGUGGGAGCGUCAGGAGGAGGAGAGACGGGGCAGGGACGCUGAGAGGGUUCAUCACCCGCCCCCGCCCCCCACCUUCCCCUGUCCCACCAGCUUAGAGUCAUCGUCUCUGCAGACUCCCUGCUUCCUACUCAUGGGGAUCCUGUUCCUCCCUUCCCCUUCCCUUACAGCAGAACCUAUCUCUGCCAGACAGCCAGCUCUGCGGCCCCACGUCCACAAGCAGCCCGAGAAGACCACCCGAGUCCGGACUGUCCUUAAUGAAAAACAGCUUCACACCUUGAGGACCUGCUAUGCUGCCAACCCCAGACCUGACGCCCUCAUGAAAGAGCAGCUAGUAGAAAUGACUGGCCUCAGCCCGAGGGUCAUCCGGGUUUGGUUUCAAAACAAGCGAUGCAAGGACAAAAAAAGGAGCAUUAUGAUGAAGCAACUUCAGCAGCAGCAACCCAAUGACAAAACUAAUAUCCAAGGGAUGACAGGAACUCCAAUGGUGGCUGCUAGUCCGGAGAGACAUGACGGCGGUUUGCAGGCGAACCCCGUGGAGGUGCAGAGUUACCAGCCGCCCUGGAAAGUACUGAGUGACUUCGCAUUGCAGAGUGACAUAGACCAACCUGCUUUUCAGCAACUAGUUAAUUUUUCAGAAGGAGGACCUGGUUCCAAUUCUACUGGAAGUGAAGUAGCAUCAAUGUCCUCACAGCUGCCAGAUACACCCAACAGCAUGGUAGCCAGUCCUAUUGAGGCAUGAGGAACAUUCAUUCAAAUAUCUGUUGUUGUUUCUGCCCUUACCCUCACCCCUGUUGAAGAGAGUGGCAAAGUGAACGUGUUGGGACUUCGAAAUUUAGGGGGAAAGAAUAUUUAACAACUCUGUAACGAACCUAGCAAGAAACUGCUCCAUGAGAUGAACGGAGUCAUAUUUGAAAAGACAAGGUAAUAUGGUAGCAACACUGUGAAGACAAUCAUGGGAUCUUACUAGAAAAAAAAAUACUUAAAAGAACCGCAAACCCUGCGCUUUUCAAAGAUCAGAGGAGUAUCGAAAAGACGUUUUCCAAAUAUAAAGGAUUUGUACUCGUGGAUC